ACGCCAUGACCAUGGGAGAACGAAAGGUGGGAGUCCUUUCCAGGAUAAUUUUGACAAGAGGAACCCUCGUUAUGAACACGGUGGGCAUGAGCUUCUGCCUUCAGAGCGCCAGGAGAAUGAUGGAAGCGUGGAGAUGGGGGAUGUCCACAAGGACCGCCAACUAAGACACACUCCUUAUAACAUCGAACGCAGCAGGAAGCUAGUGAAAUGGCAUAGUGAAGAUCAAAUCUAUACUACCACGUGGAGAAACAGAAAACUUCCAGAGAGAAAAAUGAUGGAGGACACGCGAGAUGGAAAAACGAGGGCCUGGUUCAAGGUCACAAUUCCUUAUGGGGGAAAGUAUGACAAGGCGUGGCUAAUGAAUUCAAUCCAGAGCCAUUGCAGUGUCCCCUUCACUCCACUCGAUUUCCACUACUUCCAAAAUCGGGCACACUUCUUUGUGCAAGGUGCUGGUACUGCCUCCGCUUUGAAGGAUGUCAACUAUACGAUUUGUGAUGACCAGAACCGGAAGAUAUGUAUAUUUGUCAAUCAGUCUACUGCACCCUACUCUGUGAAGAAUAAGUUGAAGCCAAGCCAAAUGCAGUUGCUAAAGCUGACCAUGGACAAACGAUAUGAUGUCUCCAAGCAAGCUCUUGAUCUCCAAAGUCUCCGCUUUGACCCAGACAUGACGGGCCAUGAUAUUGAUAUAAUCCUGAAUCGAAGAAACUGCAUGGCUGCCACCCUGAAGGUCAUUGAAUCGAAUUUCCCUGAGCUACUGUCUUUGAACUUGUGCAACAACAAACUGUACCAGCUGGAUGGCCUGUCUGACAUUACAGAGAAGGCCCCCAAAGUCAAGACCCUGAACCUCUCCAGAAAUGAGCUGAAGUCGGUGUGGGAGUUGGGCAAGGUGAAAGGGCUGAAGCUCGAAGAGCUGUGGCUAGAAGGGAACCCCUUAUGCAGCACCUUCUCUGACGAGUCUGCCUACGUAAGUGCCAUCCAGAAUUGUUUCCCCAAGUUGUUACGCCUGGACGGCCGAGAGUUAGCCCCAGCAAUGAAUGUUGACACCGACAGCUCUGAGUUAAUGAAACCCUGCAAGGAAAGCUGUAAUGGAUCUGAGACCCUAAAGCAUACAGUCCUGCAGUUCCUGCAGCAAUAUUACUCAAUCUAUGACUCUGGAGAUCGACGGGGUCUCCUUGGUGCUUACCAUGAGGAGGCCUGCUUCUCCACGACUAUUCCCUUCAACCCCGAGGACUCAGCCCCGAAGAGCUUGAGCCAGUACUUCGAGGAUAGCAGGAAUAUAAAAACACUCAAGGACCCCUACCUGAGGGAGGAACUGCUGAAGCACACAAAACGUGACAUUGUGGACUUCCUCAGCACGUUGCCCAAGACUGAGCAUGACCUCAGCUCCAUCCUGGUGGACAUGUGGUACCAGACAAAGUGGAUGCUCUGCUUUUCUGUCAACGGGGUGUUCAAGGAAGUGGAAGGACAGUCUCAGGGUUCUGUUCUCGCCUUCACCCGGACCUUCAUCGUUACCCCCGGUAGCAGUUCCAGUCUGUGCAUCGUGAAUGACGAGCUAUUUGUGAGGGACGCCAGCCACCAAGAGACUCAGAGUGCCUUCUCCAUCCCAGUGUCCACACCCUCCUCCAGCUCUGAGCUCUCCCUCUCCCAGGAGCGGCAGGAAAUGGUGCAGGCUUUCUCUGCCCAGUCUGGGAUGAAGCUGGAAUGGUCUCAGAAGUGCCUUCAGGACAAUGAGUGGAACUACACCAGAGCUGGUCAGAUCUUCACUGUGCUCCAGACCAAGGGCAAGAUCCCAGCGGAGGCCUUCAAGCAGAUCCCCUGAAAGAAGCCCUUCCACGUCUUCUUUGUCUUCGCUCACAUCCUCUUUGUUUCCUCUCUUCACCAGCCGAAGGCCAUGCCCAGGAGCAGCGUUGGAGGCCUGGCCGAUCAGGAAGCCAAAGUUAACUGGCAGGCUGCAAUGCCAUAACCACCCGAAGAGCCACUUGCCCUGUGUAUUUGCCCCACUCAUGAUCCCUGUUUAUUUUCAUAAUAAAGAGUGACGUUGC